ACUUGUGUAACAGUGCUUCAUAUUUAAUCUAUAAAUUGCUGUCGUGAGAAACAAAACUGCUGGUUUACAGGGAUCAGCGCUGUGUGUUCCGCGUUACAGCAGAGUUUCAUGCGUCGCGUUUCCCUUUAAGACGCGGCGCGCGCUGCCGGGAAUCCACGUCAUUUCGCCGCGGCGCGUCCGGAUCAAUAAGGUUCCGCGCGGUGCGCGAGCGACGCUUCCAGGAAGGUGUUAACCAUCGCGUUGCCGCAAUGUUGCGCCUCUUUGCGCUUUUACAAACAACAAAAUCGAGAAGUUGAAGCGUCGCGCGCGGGGCGAGGCCAGGCCGACGCAUCCACGAGCGAACUGAAGCCGCGUGGAAGAUUAUCCCAUCGGACGCGGAAGGUUUUGCGGCUUUAUUUCGCGGAAACACACGGGAGAGGAAAGUGGAAACACGCGAACUUCCUGACAUUCUGCGCGACAUGUCCGAUUCUCCAUCGCAGGUGAUUGUUAAGCAGGAGAGGAGCACGUUCAGUCCUGCUGCCAGUCCGUUGCCAAACUCCACUUCCUCUCCAGGUCAUGCCCCGCCCCCUUCUACAAAUGCCAGAACAGAAGAGGAACCAACGAGACUGCCUGCACACCUGCGCACACAGCCGGUGUUCUGGAGCAGAGAGGAUGUGUGUCAGUGGCUCCGGUGGGCCGAGCGCGAGUUUGCACUGCGGCCCAUCUCCAGUGGAAGUUUUCAGAUGAAUGGCAAAGCUCUUCUGCUUCUCACCAAAGAAGACUUCAGAUACCGCUCUCCACACUCAGGAGAUGUGUUGUAUGAACUUCUGCAGCACAUCAUGAAACAGAGAAAGCCUCACACAUAUUUUCCUUUGGGUUCUUUUCAUUCACUGACUGAUCCACUGCAGCCACACAGACUUGAAGAAACGGUACGUCGACCAGCCCGCGGUACAGACACCCUGUCACUGCAGCCCCCCACCAUUGAAUUACGUCAUCGCUCACGCUCGCCCCAUCACCCCGCACUGCUGCGCUCAUCCGUCGAGCACCCCCGUCCCACCUCAGCUGAAGACCCCCAGCACGGCUCCUCGCAUCUGCCUGACAGCAACCAUCAUCUACUGGACGACAUGUACCCGCUGUCCGUGUCGCCCGCCGCCCCCAACGGGCACUGCGCCCUUCCCCGUGACGGACCGCGGCCUGUGAGCCCGAAUCAAGAGGAGGCGGUGCAGCCCCGGGUCAUCCAGCUCAUGCCCAGCGCCAUCAUGCACCCGCUACUGCUGAGCCCAGGCAGAGGAGCCACGCCGGGCGACUACAGACACAGCCGGACGCCUCAGGAAAACGGACGAGAGGUCAAGGGUCAACAUCACAACACAGUUCACUACCCCACCCAUGCCCUGAACCUCGCCGGUCACCAGACGCCUCUACAGCUCCCCCUGCAGGACGAUCGACACUACCGCAACCAGAUCAUUAUGCCUGUGUCUCCACCUGAGGAGCAGGCCAUGCCCAUCGGCCGUAUCGCUGACUGCAGACUCUUGUGGGAUUACGUCUAUCAGCUUCUGUCUGACAGUCGAUAUGAGAAUUACAUCCGCUGGGAAGAUCGCGACACCAAAGUCUUCCGCAUUAUGGAUCCUAACGGUUUGGCCCGUCUCUGGGGGAAUCAUAAGAACAGGACCAACAUGACAUAUGAGAAGAUGUCCCGAGCGUUGAGACACUACUAUAAACUGAACAUCAUCAGGAAAGAGCCGGGCCAGAGACUUCUCUUCAGGUUCAUGAAAACACCAGACGAGAUCAUGAACGGACAAACGGAUCGUAUGGAGCAUCUGGAAUCAGACACAGAUGAUCAGAUCUAUGUGAAGGAGGAAUGUUGAGCUGAUGACGGAGCUCAUGAACUUCAAAAGCCGUUGAUGCCUCACUUCACCCUCUGACCUUUGAACUCUCAGUGUCUUCAGAGGGUCACUGCACUGCACUCUCUUAACAACACAUUCAUUUGCCCUUUUUUAGUCUUAAUUUCAACUUUGGAAAGCAAACUUCAAGAUGACAAUCAUUUUAAUGACAAAUACUCGUUUUUUCAAAUCAAAUCUAGAAAUUUUGGUGCAUCUUUUUUCCUCUUUGGUAAGUAUAUCGUACGAAGACGUUGUGAUUUAUAAUGAGGGAUUUACUGAAUGCUGGUGACAAUGUGAUUCUACAAUAAAUUUUACUAAGAUGACGACA